UGGCAGUCUGGAAGGAUGUGCUUGGGCCGGUGUACCCGAGAGAACUGCAAAUAUCUCCACCCUCCCCCGCACUUAAAAACACAACUUGAAAUAAAUGGACGCAACAACCUGAUCCAGCAGAAGACCGCCGCAGCCAUGUUUGCUCAGCAAAUGCAGUUCAUGCUACCGGGCGCGCAGCUACAGCCAAUUACAACGUUUCCUGUGACUCCAUCGCUUGCAACAAGCCCCACGAUGGCUUUUAGUCCCUACCUGAGUCAUGUUUCUCCUGGGAUGGGCUUGGUUCCUGCAGAGCUUUUACCAAAUACUCCUGUCCUGGUUUCCGGAAAUCCUACUGUUACAGUACCAGGAGGCUCUGCUGGGCAGAAACUGAUGCGUACGGAUAAACUGGAGGUUUGUCGAGAGUUUCAGCGUGGAAAUUGCACACGUGGUGAGAAUGAUUGCCGCUAUGCUCACCCUAUAGAUAUUGCAAUGAUAGACACAAAUGAAAAUACUGUUACAGUUUGCAUGGAUUACAUCAAAGGUCGAUGCUCUAGGGAGAAAUGCAAGUACUUUCAUCCCCCUGCACACCUGCAAGCCAAAAUCAAGGCAGCUCAACACCAGGUGAACCAGACAGCUGCAGCUGCAAUGGCCCUGCCGCCUGGUGCACUUCAACCUUUACCAAAGAGGCCAGCACUUGAAAAAAACAAUGGUGCCACCACAGUCUUUAACCCAAGCGUUUUCCACUACCAACAGGCUCUAGCCAACAUGCAGUUGCAACAGCCUACAUUCAUCCCUACAGGGUCAGUUCUGUGCAUGACACCCACUGCAAGCGUUGUGCCCAUGAUGCACGGUGCUACGCCCACCACUGUGUCUGCAGCAACAACUCCUGCCACCAGCGUCCCCUUCGCUGCAACAGCUACCGCCAAUCAGAUAUCCCAGUUAUCAGUAGAUGAACUGAGUAGCAGCAUGUUUGUUUCACAGAUGUAGAAGUUCCCAAUAGAACACAGACCAUGUUGAAAUUCUGAACAGUAAAAUUAUGGAGCACCAGGACUUCUUGGUGGGAAGCUGCGCAUGGCCUUUCUGUAUAUAUCCCCUUUUCCCUCUAUCGUUCUCUACCACCUCUACAGUAAGCCUGUUGCAGCCUACAUGUUAACCAAAAACUGAUCAAUGGGAAUGUCAAAAAAAAAAAAAAAAAAAAAAAAAAAAAAAAGCACUAUAGAAACAAUUAACAAACAGCGCUCUGUUAUAUGAGAUAUACAAGUAGAAAAUUAUAAUAGACUUUUAUAACACAUUACUUUAACACACUUAAUCAUUUUAUGACUACCAUCCUGAUAAGUGCAUCUGCACAGCGGACUGUUGGUUUACUGUAUACUAUCGAUGGAUAAAUGUUUGUCUUGUUUUUGAAGUGUUAUCUUACUGUUUUGUUUACAUCAUAGUCUAUUGAUUUGUUUUAAAGUGUACAUCAUUAUCAAGUAUACUCAAUACCAUUUUUUCAUUAUUGUUAUGUCUUAAGUUUUCAUAUACUGUAGGUUUUAUGGGUUUUUGUUUGUUUUUUACUAAAAAUGUUAUUGUGGGAAACAGGAAUUAUGUGCUUGAAAACCACGACACAGGAAUGUUCUGCCCUUUGCUGGAUUUUACUGCUAAUGUCAGCUAAAGUUGCUUGUGUUAAAUGCUCCUUUUAUCCUUUAAAAUUUGCCUUCAGAUAGAGUCUCCGAAUUUUUAGUAUAAGUACUAUGAAAGGACAGCUGUAAUUUUAGUCCAGUUCAGGGUAUUUCUUUAGAUACAAUGAGCUGAGUCUGGAAACUUUUGGAAAAAGCCCCACAAAAGCCCAGGUUCAGUGAGGGGACAGGAACAGGAACGAUUUGCUCAGACGGUGGUGAGCAUCAAGGGAUUUCUUCUGCAGUUCUGUUGUCCAUUGAAGUGCAUUCUCAGCUGCAAACGGCGCACAAUCUCUCUUGCUGUUUUCAUGGUGCAGUCAAAGCAAAAAAACACAAAAAAAAAAAAAAAACAACCAAAACCCAGGUGGUGAAGUGAGACAGCUUCAGCUGGGCAAAGACUGGUUGUGUUGGAGAGGAGCAGAUGCCAACGGUUGGCUGGAGUGGGCCCACAGCCAUGGCUUAGCCCAGGCUGGGGAAUACUGUGCCCGGGGCUUGUCUCCACUAAGCAUGCUGAAACAUUUCGGCCUGAAAUCUUACGUGGCUCCUCUUGAAAUUUUGUCAGCGUGCACUGAUUAUUUUAAUCACCAUUUUCCAUAAGUGAGUGAUUUUUUUUUCCCCGUGAUCUCUGGCCCUUGAAACCAAACACAUCAGUAACAAAGCAGGAAAAACCUGGGCGUAAGCUUUCUACUGUAGAAAAACGUUCAUCUUAAUGGAGAUCCUGUAGGUCAGUGGAUUUAUUUCGGCACCUUCUACUUGAUCAAGAGCAAUGUUUGCUGCACAACAAGGGCUAGUUCUCGAUACCUCCUUUCCAUACGCACGAAUAAAACGAUUUCCAGCCCGUGCACCCUGGAGAGCCCCGCCUGUCGUUACGCUGCGUUGCUGAACAAUCUGGCUGUAGAAUGCAUUUUGGUUGAGAAAACGGCCAAAUUCACCCCCGUCACGGCUCUACAGUAUCAUUGGCAUUAUGGAGAGGAUGGAUUUGCUGCUGCAAAUCCGCAAACUCCAUACAAAGAGAAAGAGAAUUGUUGUUGAAACUGAGCAAGAGGCCAGCUCCCAGUGCCCAGGGGGGCGGCCACCCCGAGCUCGCCGGGGUGCUGUAGGGUGCCAAAUUCUGACAGCUAGGUUUGCUUUUCUUUUCCGAGUUCCUUGGCCUGGGUUAGAGACUUUCCUUGCCCCCCUCUCCUCCAGUGUGAGCACAGAUAGUUUGCCACGGACCACGAGUGACGGAGGGGCAUUUAGGGUACAGCCAGUGCGUCCCAGAGUAGGGUCUGACCCUCGGCCCGUAGCAAGCACCUUUGAAGAGCCCAGCUCACAAAGGCCUCUUGCCAGAAGGAAUCUCCCCAUUCGUUUCCUCAGGCUUUGAACCAAACCCUGAGACAAGGGGAAAAACCAUUCCCCCCGCCCCAAACCAGGCCCUCCUUUACGGACCCCGUGUUUUGGCAGUGGCUUGUGUCCGUGGAUGUUCCCCAGCACCGCUGGCGCUCACAGGCAGCAGCGUUGCCAGAAACCAGUGACUCUCGUUUGUACUGGUGACCGCAUACCUGUUCUUUUCACCACUGAGUUUCUGUUUCCCGAAACCAUAACAUUGUUAGUGGAAAAAGUGGAUUUGAGUACUUCCUGUUUGAAAUUAUUUGUGUAUCAAAAAUGGGUUUUGCACAACCUGUGCCAGUGCCUCAACAAAGAACAGAGCUGAUCUUCUUAAGCCAGAAAGGAUGCAUUCAAGCUUGUAUGGCUUUAUGAGUUCAAGGAGGUUGGAAUUUUUUCAGUGCUAAAUGGAUUUUUGUAUAUCUUGACACUUUGAUGUAACCUCCUAUUUUAUUUAUCGACUUAAACAUCUGGCAUAGAUGUGCAUAGAAUGUAAACCUAGAAUACAGCUGUUUUCAUGUCACAUUUAAAGCACUGAAAAAAAAAAAAAAAAAAGGCGUUUAAGGAUUAUUUUUUAUUAAAGAGGUCCAAUGAGGGAUGUUCAGGGUAGUUAUAUUAGGUGCCACAACAGUUUUUAUAUUGCUGGCAAAUUUAGAGUUAAUUUGUAAAUGAGUUUAAGGAAAGAAAAGCUUGAAGCACUAAACUUCACCAAAUUCAAAACAAUCUCGGCAAAAAUGCCAUUUUGAGGUAGCACUAUUUAAACUAGUUGUGCAAUGACUUGCUCUAAUUUUCUUUGUUCAAGAAAGAAAAGAAAAAAAAAAAAAAAAACAGUCGCCAGACUAUAAAUUUCCUAAAUAGACUAUUACAAAGUCACCGAGCUAGCUAGUGACUCUAAACAAAUGUCAUAAAAGCAUGAAUAUCAUCCUUUAUUUGACAAGAGAUGUAUGUAAGUUUGUUUAAAUCGAUAUAAUUUUAGUGACAUUUUUAUAAGCUUCCCACUUUCCAUGAACCUAUAUUUUUUAUUUAUCCAAAGUUAUUUCUCUUUGUCCAUUUCUCUCAGCCUUAUGCAAACAUUAUGCAAGAAAUGCUGAAACUUGGAUAAAACGGGUCAUGCAGAGGGAAAAUGAAAGCUGAGAUUGAUCAUUUUCACGCAAAAAGGUUGUUAGUAGUUUCAAUAAAAAGUACUACUACUAAACUGUAACAUAAGCAGACAAUAAAAGAGGGAUUUAAAAUAAAA